CGGUGAAACAUGAGAACUACGAGACGUAGGAUUUAAGCGUAGACCGAUCUGUCUUCCUUAUUUGUUUUAUUUUUUUUAGAUUCCAGACAUUAAAUGAUUUUUGUGGCCGACCAUAGAUGAUAUAUAUAUUUUAUUAUGUUAUUUUGAAAGUAUAAUUGGAGAUUAACCGUCUAACUGUGCUGGACUCGGUAAAAGUGAAAGUAAAACGAAGACUGGGUUUUCGGGGGGAAAACCACCCAUCUAUAGUCCGUUUAUUGCGUCUGCUAGAAGCAGAGAAGAGAACCUGCGAACAGACGGAAUACGCACAAUCAUGACGGACUUUUCUACAAUUUAUAAACUGAGCCUGGUUGCUGUAACCUGCUUCAUCCAAGCCUGCAGCAGCAGCAGCUGUCCGGUGAUGGAGUGCUGGUUUGUGCAGGAGAAAGCGGGUCGAGGGGGAGGCUUGACCGGAGCAACGAGCCAGGAGAAAUCACUACUUCACAUCAGGACUGACCCACAGAGCACAGAGAGCCACAAGUCUCCAUCCGACAUCAGCCCUGACAGAAUCUACUUCAUCACCGACCCGGCUGCCACUCUCUGCCACCGCUCCCUCAACCCUCCCAGAGGCUCCGUCGAGAAGCCCCGCUGUGAGAUCAACCCCUUCCUGCCGCAGCCCUCCAGCCUCCAGUGGGUCCUUCCGCUCACAGAGUCAGCCUUCAGCCCCGUGUACCUGCAGGCCGACUGGUUUUCAGCCGCUUUCCAGGGCCUCAAGGAACCACUGGGCGUUUCUACUAUCACGCGUGCCCCUACAGGAUCCAAAGAGCAGAAUGUGAUCCUGAGCGUGACCAGCAAAACGAUGUCGGUUCAGUCCAGGCUCGGGGAGCCGGUGCUGCUGGACUGCGGCUUCUGGGCCGACCCGUCCUCUCCUCUGUCCGGGAAAGGUUUCGCUGUGGAGUGGCGCUACCAGUUCAGGGGCAGCGGGCGACUCAUUCUGGGCUAUGAUGGCAAGACGGACCGCCUGGCCGACACGCAGGAGAAAGGGGCCACGCUGGACUUCGAGGCUUUGCACGAGAAGGGAAACGCGUCGCUGAUCCUGCAGGAGGCCGAAGUGCGUCACUCCGGGACGUAUAUCUGCACGGUGUUCCUGCCCUACCUGGUGGCUCAGGUGGCAAUAGAGCUCGAGAUCAUAGAGCCCCCGUCUCUCUCUAUCCAGCCCUCCCCUCUGCCCCUCACUGUCCCGGGUCAGACCUUGAACAUCCAGUGUGAAGCGUCCGGCUUCGCCCCCUUAACCCUGGAGCUGAGCUGGGAGUUUAAAGGGGCCGACGGGAAAAUUAUCCCCUUAGGAUCGGGCAGCGUCACGGGCCACAAGCAGGCCUGGGACGGCACCCUGAGCCAGAGCACCCGUCUGGAGCUGGACACGUCUAAACUGGAUCUGGGCAGAGGAGGGGAGGUCACCUGCAUGGCCGUCCAUCCCGGGGGGACACGGCGGACCAGUGUGACCCUCAACCUCAUCGGGUUCAGUGGUCCCUCCAUCGAAGACUCCAUGGCUAUGGUUGGCGUGGCGCUCGUGCUCUACGGCCUCAUCAAGUUUGUGUCGUGGACCUUCACCAGCUCAGGCUCAGGUGAAGCUGAUAAACAAGAAAAGAAAAAGAAGUAAAGGCAUCAACUUAAGUCCACGGUGUGACACCGAGCCUGGGGUGAGACUUGAGGAGAGGCUGACCACCUGCAUCUGUCGACAGUUCUUUUUUUUAUGUACUUCCAGAGAAAUCUAUUCUGUGUUCCUAUGAAGAGUCAGAUUACCUGUUUAUUUUUCUCGUUAUUUCGUUCUUCAGGAACAAACGUGUUGUUGCAUUAGGGAGAAUUCUCUUAAAGUGGCUUCUGCUCAGGGGAAAGAUGUGGUGAUAUGUCUUUAAACGUCCUCCCGCUAAUCUGUAUAUUGCACAUUGGCCUCCCUCUAUACAGUUUAUAGUAUUUGCUGUGUCGUCACAAACACUGGAAAAGCGAAAGAAGCUUAGACGGAGUUGGAAAUGAUAAUGCGGUGAAAUAAGAGCUUCAGCUUGGAGAUGCUUCCGAGUGACGCGUCAGGGUUUGACUAAACUGUCCAAACCUGCGAACUCAGUCCCAUUUUAUUUUAUUUUUUUUUGUAAAUAGACGAAACCUGAUGUUUGUACGUUCUCACGUUGUUGUCACAUGCGUUUGCCUUUGUUAUGUGUCUCAAAGCGUCAGCAGCUCCAAAAGAAAAGUGAAGGAAAUGGCACGAAAAGGAAGCGGCAUUCUGCUGCAGGGAAAACUCAAACACGGCAUCAGAAUGAGCUCAACUCGGCGUUUUCAGGGUGUGAAGUGAAAUAAAAAACACUUGAAACA